UCUUCAGAGUUUGGCCAAGUUAAUUAACUCUUGCUUCCCAUUGUCACCCAAUCCAAUUAGCUUGAGUUCUACGUUAGGGUUUUUUGUAUUUUCCAAAUUUUCAAACAUGGCACCUCAUGGAGAGUCUAUUUCUGGCUCUAACUACUCUAGGGCCAACAACACCUCCAUGUCUAAGCCACCAAGGCUUUCAUUCUCAUCCGAUAGCCUGAAAAGAACGAUGUCCGACAUCUCGUAUGAGCUAAGCAAAGAAGCCGACAUUGAUCAGGACCUGAAAUCCCUCCCGCCAAUAUCGGAGGUUGAAGAUGCAAAGUGUGAAUGCUGUGGCAUGAGUGAAGAGUACACGCCCGAGUACAUAGACCGAGUGAGAGACAAGUUCUUUGGGAAGUGGAUAUGCGGGUUGUGUUCUGAGGCAGUGAAAGAAGAGGUGGAGAAAAAUGGAGGAAAUAAGGAAGAGGCUUUAAAUUCACAUAUAAGUGCAUGUGUUAGGUUUAACAAGUAUACUAGGGCGUAUCCAGUGUUGUUUCAAGCUGAGGCUAUGAGGGAGAUGUUGAAGAAGAGCAAGUUGGAGGGGAGAGUCAUGAGGGCUAAGUCGUUUAAUCCGAGAGACAAAGGAGAGCCAAAGGGGAAGAUUACUCGGAGUUCAAGCUGCAUUCCAGCGAUCACGAGGGAGAUGAACGAUCUCACCAUGGCUUGAUGAUGAGUUUCUAAAAGGCUAGCUAAGGCAUAUAAUAUCUGAUCAUGAUCUGGGGGACAUGGUUUUGUAUUUGUCAACCUGCUCUCCCCUUUUUAUACGCUAAUCAUUAACUAGUACUAAAGCUUCCCUCUAAAUAAACUUAUUUAAUGGACCGACCUUUUCCUUCUUGGUUUUUUGGGUUAGUCCAAUCCCUCCUAGCUAUCCUUGGGCUUUCCAAUGCUCCCUCUUGCAGUCACCCUCUAGGGUUUUCUUUCGCUGGUCAUAUAUUUUUCACUUCACACCAUGCACGUACUUAUGAUAACCUAUGGGGUUUUGGGGUUAAUUAAUUAGUACUAAAUGCCCAUCACUGCCGUUUUCCUCUACGGUUUCAUUUUUCUUUUUCUUUAACCGAACGUGCUUAUUUGGUAUUUGAGUAUAAAUAAGAAGGCUUAGUUGUUA